UCUACUGUGUGAAUGUACAGUGAAGUAGAUAUUCUUAAUGUUUAGCAAGGAUCUUUUGAAUAAUUUGUUAAUUUAAAUGGUAGUGGAUCUAAACUGCUGCAUAGCAUUACAUCGGAAUAUGGCCACACUUGCUGGGUUCCUGAUUGUGAUAGUACUACAUAUUCAAGCCGUCGGCGGUUCCACAACUCUGCAGCCUGCGUCGGAUGUCUGUAAAACAUGCCGCGUCAAUCAGUACUGUCCUCUUAAUACGCCAGCCUGCUUUGACUGUCACAUCUCCUGCACAAACUGUACAUCGUACGGCGAGAACCACUGUCUGCAAUGCAAGCUGGGGUACAGGAACGUGUCUGGCACGUGUGGGCUGUGUCCGCCGAACACUUUCGGUCCAGACUGUGCGUCCACGUGCCGUUGCCUGAACCCCCAAGACCCCGCUGAGUGCGACCCUGCCAACGGGCACUGCGCAAGCUCCCAGUGCGCCCAGGGCUGGCAGGGCGUACCCACCUGUCAGACACCAUGCAGCGAAGGUUCGUUUGGUUCGGGCUGUGUGCAGGCAUGCCACUGCCCCCCUGGUGAUACCUGCUCCCCCGUCAACGGUCUCUGCUCCAGCGGAGCAUGCGCGAUAGGCUGGGCCAGUACAGGAUGUCAGAACGAGUUACCGCAACUUGACAAUCCACCGGAUGCUGUCGACGUGUCGUGCGCAAACGUAACGGUCACGUGGUUGGGGUGGAGGAGCGGGGUGGACAGGGGCGAGACCACGGCAACUAUCAAGAGAUAUGAAUUAUAUUCAACUUACCGUCCCGUAGAACAUUACGAGCCCUGGAAAUUUGUAGCCAGCGUCACUCACAACAAGACAGCAGGUUCCUAUCAAAUAAACCUGACAAAUCUCGUACCAGACGUGGAUUAUAAAUUUCGUGUUGACGUCAUACAAGAGGCGCCGGGCGGGAAAGAUAUGCCAGCGAUGACAGGAAAAAAUUCUACGCCCGUCUUUAUCCUAUGCACAGAAACGACUACCACGUCAACCACCCCUGAACCAACCACUACUACUAAAAAGCCACCAGAUUCAAAUUUACUUGACGACUCGAAAAUACGUUACCAAGUGUUUCGUAACAACAUCUCCGGCCGUCACGAAAUUACUGUCACAUGGGGUCUUAGAGACGCGGUUAACAACGAGACUCGCGUGAUCGUGACCUUGACGCUCUCAAGAGUGAAGUACGCUGGCAGCGAUUGUGCGCUGUUCGAAAACGGAACCGCUGUUAUCAGACGGGAUUUGGCGCGAGAAGGGACCCAGUUAAUAACGGAAGGCGUGACCCCGUGGACAGAGUACAGUCUGAAUAUUUCAGCCAGCAACUCCACUCUCAACAUAUCUGACUUCCGGACUUACUCUUUGACAACUCUUGAAGACGUACCUAGCCCUUUGGGAAACGUAGAGAAUGUCCGCGUUGUGGACGUCACAAAGACAGGUGGCGAUCCAAUGGUCGCCCUUAAACUGCAGCUUACGUCACGGAAGCUUGCGGCAAUACCGCGUACCAUUAUGACCGUGCAGCCCGGCUCCAAGGAGACUGUACAGAGCACGUCAUGCCUUUGA